CAUAGUUUUCAUUGAGCAGCUCAUUAAUCAACAUGGGUUGUUUGAAAGAAAUAACUUUGGUGUUAAUUGUAGGCUGUUUGGCAGUCUUGGCUGCCGACAGUGGUAAACCUUCCAGUGAUGAAGGUCGUGUUAUUAACGAUCAAGAUGUAAGGCUUUUAAUUAAUCCUUUUGCAUUCUUGCAAGCGAAAACCACUACACCCAAGCCGGAACGUCCCACAACUAUUGUAGUUAAGCCUCCCUAUCACUACCCCUACUAUCCACAUUAUCCUUCGUAUCCUAAUUAUCCUAAUGAUGAUUACUAUCCACACAAGCCACCACACCCACCGCACCAACACACCCUACUCAUCCCACACAUCCAACUCCUCCUGGACCUACAUUUAAUCCUACACCGCCUGUGGAACCACCUACUGCCCAUCCACAUCCACCAGUGUAUCCCUCACAUCCACCAAUGUAUCCUCAUCAUCCACCAAUUUAUCCUCAGCAUCCACCUAUGUAUCCCUUUUAUCCCCCCGGAUUUUCCCAGCCACCUUUUGGUUACUAUCCCUGGUUGUACCCCGGCGGUCAACCUCCCUAUAUUGUAGUCGUACAUCCACCAAUUAAGAAGCCUGAGUUUCCCGAUAUUCCCAAUGUGCCUGAUGUUCCAAAUGUGCCCGAUGUUCCCAAUGUACCCGAUGUACCCGGUACUGGCAAUAAUAAUAAAGUUAACUUCAAAUACCAAUUAGCCAGACGUCCUAUGUACCAAUAUGUUCAAAGUGGCAGAACGAUCGAUGAAUUACAAGCUGCUCCAGAAGACAUGGCUGAAGAUUAUCAUUAUCAACAACAAAAACCACAACAACAACAACAACAAGAAAACGGUAAUGAUGAUGAAAUGCUUGGUCGUAAUAUUAGAUUAGAUGGCGUCUCUAUUACAGCUGAUUCUGCAGAGGAUAAUGAUACCAUCGCCGUUGAUACCAAAGAUAUUAAACUUCCCUUUGGUUUACAUUUAGCCGCUCAUCCACCUAACGGCAGAAAGGUUAAAGAUCAAGAAGCCUUAAUCUACUUGAGAAAUUUCAAGAAAGGCAGACAUCUCAAGGAAGCUGAAACGGCUUGAAAAUGGCAUAUCGUAUAUCAAAUGUUAAAGAAAUAAAUAGAAAUCAUUAAAAACCAAAA